AUGGUUGACAUUCAACUCACCACCGGGCGAGCUCUAGUCUCUUACGGUCCUUCCAAGGAUGGAGGCUGGAAGCUGCGCGACGUUGCUCUGCGACCCAUCCGCGUCUGCCAAGCUGACCUGCAUUUCGCCGGGCUGGAAAGUGGCCACGGCGUGCAUUAUCCGCGGGUGAUGGGCCACGAAGGAGCGGGAUACGUCCGACAGGUCGGACCCGGUGUCACUACAGCACACGUCGGCGACCCAGCCCUCAUGUCUUUCUCCUCUUGCCAGACAUGCCGGUGCUGUCGCCGUGGCCACCCCGCCCACUGCCACAAUUUCGACCCCAUCAACUUCGAGUCGACGUGCACGGACCGCGUCUUCUGGGAGGAGGGAGCAACAACACCACAAACACGCGAACCAGACAUCUUCGGCCGAUUCUUUGGACAAUCGAGUUUCGCUAGUUGGACGAUCGUGCAAGAGUCCGCGGUGAUCAAUGUGGCGGGCAUGACGGGAGCAGGAGCGGUUCUCAAUGCGGCGGGCGCACGGCGUGAUGAUACGGUCGCGGUGCUUGGAUUGGGAGGGGUGGGCUUGAGUGCCGUGAUGGGCGCGCGCAUCGCUGGUUGUCAGACGAUUAUCGGGAUCGCCCGGAACGAGGCCCGUCUCAAGCUGGCCCUCGAGCUGGGAGCAACGCAUGUGGUUCGGAUUGACCCCGAUGCAGAUCUCAGCCUCGUCACGCAGGCUGUGCGUGCGCUCACCGGUGGGCUUGGGGUCGAUGUCACGCUGGAGACUACAGGGGUGCUGGAGCUGGUGGCCGAGGCGGUUGAUAUGACGGUCAACAAGGGCAAGAUUGUGCAGCUGGGGGCAGCGCCCGAAACGGCGACUGUCAUUAUCCCGAUCCACGAGUUCAUGGUGGCGGGAAAAGUGUUCAUGGGUGUCGUGGAGGGGGAUGUGGUUCACCGAGAGUUCGUGCCGAAGAUGAUUGGGUUUGGUAAAAACUUUGAGGAGGCGAUCCGGAAUAUGAAGAGUGGAAGGACGAUCAAGCCGAUUCUUCUGUGGUAGCUAGUUUGAUUUCUGGCAGAAUAAAUGCUCAGAGGCCCC